CCACCAUGAUACUGUACCAGUGCAAGUAUUUCUAAUGAAGACAUGGUUUGCCAAGAAAGGAGAGGAACAACUCAGGGCCUGAUCUCACAACCUCUGACUCUUGUGUCUGAAUGAACGCACUUUUCCACAGAAACACUCCAAAAUGGAGAGAAAAGAUUUCCUAGAAGGGUGGAGGCUUUUACAACGGGAAGAAGGGAAGAAUCUGGCAAAGAUGCCUAAAAAAGGCAGAUCAGCAGUAACCUGUCCUGCGAAGAAGAAGCAGGAGGACAUGAAAGUGCCUGCUAAACACAGAAAGAUGGACUCCACGAGCUCUGAGUCUCCACUGUGCUUCGAUUCACCAGCCAGCCUCUUCCAGAGUCUGAUCUCACCCACGACUGCGGAUGAGUUCUUUCGUGAGUACUGGGAGAAGAAACCGUUGCUGCUGCAGAGGUCAGACCCAGCACUCGUAGCUUAUUACCAGUCCCUCUUUCAGCUGUCAGAUCUUAAGCAACUGUGUGCCCAGGGCCUGGAGUACGCCAGAGAUCUGAACGUAGUACGCUGCGUAAAUGGUGAAAAGGUGGUGAUGAAUAAUGAAGGGCGAGUGAAAUAUAACCAGCUGAGGAAGGAUUUUACUCAGAAGAAAGUGACUAUUCAGUUUCACCAGCCACAGAGGUUUAAGGAUGAGCUGUGGCAUAUUCAGGAGCGACUGGAGUGUUUUUUCGGGUCGCUGGUCGGAUCCAACGUCUACAUCACACCUGAGGAUUCUCAGGGUCUGCCUCCUCACUAUGAUGAUGUAGAGGUGUUUAUUCUGCAGUUGGAAGGUCAAAAGCACUGGCGCCUGUACGAGCCGACUGUUCCACUGGCCCGAGAGUACAGCACAGAGCCUGAGGAGCGCAUUGGAAAGCCCACUCAUGACAUCAUACUGAAGGCAGGUGAUCUGCUGUACUUCCCCAGAGGAACCAUUCACCAAGCAGACACACCAGCAGGAGUGGAGCACUCUACACACCUCACUCUCAGCGCAUAUCAAAUCAUGUCAUGGGGUGACCUUGUGUUGGAUGUCUUUCCUGGGUUUAUGUUUGACUCUAUGAAGAAUGACCUCAGCUUGCGUCAUGGUUUACCCAGAAACCUCCUUACUUCUGCACACAUGGGCUCUGAUGUGAAGAAGCAGGUGAGUAUGAUUCUGAGGAAGCUAGCAGAGCGACUGGAGCAGGACGAACAUGAUCUGCGUUCCUCCGAGAUGAAGAGAGACUUCAUCUGCAACAGACUGCCACCAUACCACCUGCAAGAGGAAGACCUUGCUCCAGCUGGAAAAUUGCCAAUGCUGGAGGAUUCGGUGUGUGUGCGGUUUAGAGAGCACAUCGUUUUGACCCUGGAGCCCAGUCCAAACAACACGGACGAAGCUAUGAAGUUGGCAGUAUUCGUGCUACACUCGCUGAAGAACAAAAGGGAAACACACAUGAUGGGGCCUAAGGAUCCUUCUGAUGAGGAAGAUGAUGAAGAGGAGGACGAAGAGGAUGAGACUGCAUUAAAGGGUCUGGAGUUCCCCAUUUUGCACCUCCCUGCUCUGCAGCAGCUCCUUAAUGGAGAGCGCCCCCGUGUGGCUGAGCUGCCACUGCAGCAGGAUGCUGAUAAACUCGGCCUUGUGCUUGGACUCUGGACAGAGGGAUUACUGCAGGUCUGCUAACUAGAAAAGAGCUGAUAUUUGAUAGAGGGUAAAAAUGAAAUUCUUCAGUAAAAAAAAGAAAAAGGCAAUCAGAAGUCAUGUUGAGGGAAAUGGAUAGGCACUUCAUAGUCUUGUUUAUAAGCAACAUGGACCUGCUUUGCAUCUCUGGACUGUCAAAACAGGAUUAAGCUGCUUUACCAAUUGGAAUAUCAGCAGAUGGAUGUAAUGGUUACAUGAGAGAAGGACACAUGACUGUGUAUAACAGUAGAGGUUAUUCUUCUGCUAUAAACUGGGCUAUUGUGUAGUGAUGCAAGCAGCGGGUCUGAUUGACUUGUUGCAAGGAUCCUCUCAGUACCAUUGUAGGAACUUCAACACACACACUUUCUCCUGUUCUCUGCUCCUGUUAUAUUUCAGAUUCUGAAAUCAUCAGAUAAAAGGGUGGAACCUGAAAA